ACUCACACACUCCUCAGCUGCUCCUGCUCAGCUCCUGUCUCCUCUGGGACGCCUCUCUCUGUCCUCGCCGGCGUCUCCCCGGUGUCCUCAGCGUCAUGGAGAGUCUGGAGAAGCAGCUCAUCUGUCCCAUCUGCCUGGAGAUGUUCACCAAGCCGGUGGUCAUCCUGCCGUGCCAACACAACCUGUGCCGCAAGUGUGCCAAUGACGUCUUCCAGGCAUCCAACCCGUACCUGUCGACACGGAGUGGCUCCACCGUGACGUCCGGCGGUCGUUUCCGCUGCCCAUCCUGCAGACAUGAGGUGGUUCUGGACCGACACGGUGUCUAUGGCCUGCAGAGGAACCUGCUGGUGGAGAACAUCAUUGACAUGUACAAACAGGGCAGCACCAGUAAGCCUGUUGUGGAAGUAAAGCCUGAGCAGCCCAUGUGUGAGGAGCAUGAAGAUGAGAAGAUCAACAUCUACUGCGUCACCUGCAGCGCCCCCACCUGUUCACUCUGCAAGGUGUUUGGAGCGCACAAAGACUGUGAGGUCGCCCCGCUCAACGACGUCUUCAACAAGCAGAAGGCGGAGCUGGCUGACUGUGUGUCCAUGCUGGUUGGGAACAAUGAGAGGAUUCAGGCGAUCGUCAGUCAGCUGGAGGAAACCUGCAGAGCCGUCGACGAGAACGGUCGGCGACAGAAGUCGAAGGUGUGCGAGACAUUCGAUCACCUGUUUGCUCUGCUAGAGGAGAAGAAGAGCGAGAUGACGGUGAGGAUCAACGCCGAGCAGGAGGAGAAGCUGGACUACAUCCGAGGCCUGAGGAGGAAGUACACCGAGCACCUGGACGGCACCGCCAAGCUGCUCGAAACCGCCAUCCAGACCAUGGAUGAGUCUGAGAUGGCCCUGUUUCUGCAGAUGGCCAAACCUCUGCUGCAGAAGAUCGUGGAGGGCUCCGACACGUCUCACCUCGAUAAGGUCCAGCACGGCUACGAGAACAUGGAUCACUUCACGGCAAACUUUGAGCAUCAGAGGAGAGCGCUGAGCGACAUCGACUUCAUCAAACUUGACGAAGACGAAGAUGAUGAUGAAGAUGAGGGGGAGGUCAAAGUUCAGAUGGCCGGAAGUCUAGCAGAGUCGCAGCAAGCUGCGUCUGCAGGACUGCUGGCCAAUCAGCAGCCUCUGUCGCCUGGUCUCUCAGCUCCACCCCCUCCGAAAGCCCCAGAGAACACGCCCCCUACAUCAUCACAAACUAAGAGUGCCUCCCCUUCGACAUCAAACCAGACCCCGCCUCCUCUGCCACUCCCAACUGCUAGCCCCGCCCCCCAGUCUGAUUUGCAGAGCGAGGCAGAGGACAAAGACGGACCCAAGCACGUGUUCUCCUUCAGCUGGCUCAACCAGAAGUAGAACCUGGAUCUGUUCCUUCAUCUUUAUCCACGCAGCAAAUAUGAUAAACGUUUGCUUCCAGAAGACGUUUGCUGAACGCGCUGCUUUGUAGUUUCAAGAGACGACGUUUAAUCUGUGUUUUGUUGCUUAAAGUC